AUGUCAGCAACACCGUAUCGAGGCUCCGCCACGUUGGCUUCCUGGGCAGGGCGAUGUGAAACAAAGUGCCCCUGCACAGGAAGCCUCUCCGCGGCCGAGGCCAAUAUCAAAGGUAAACCGGGAAAUGAAGUGACAGUGGUGGAUGCGGAUGAGGGCCACCAGUGCAGCACGGGGGGAGCGCUGAUAACGUCGUGGACGGAUUCACAGGAGUUGAGAUCCCCACCAACUGUGCGCUGUUGCGGCCAAUUGCUUGGCCGUGGCCGCCAAGGUGCAGUUUGGCUUUGCGAAGACACGCAGAGUUUUGGGGCAUACUACGCGGUGAAGGUGAUUGAGACGCCAUCAUUGACUGCUGUUUCCGUGCACCAGGCAAUCCAAAAGCUGAGACACCCCUCAAGUAGCCAAGUGGAUUUCACCCCCACAACUUCGCUCAAGAACAUUCUGUUAGAUGCGUCGUUUGAGGAGGAGGUACGCCUUUUGCAACGACUUAGGCACCCUGGACUGGUGCAGCUACAUGGAGUUGAGACGGAGUUGGAGCCAGGCGGGAUCGCUGUUUGCCGGAUUUACUUGGAAUACAUGUCCGGCGGUUCGCUUUUGUCCUUUGUUCGUCAGCACUAUGAGGCAGGGAGACUGCGUGAGCAAGCAUUGCGCUGGUUUCUAAACCCCAUUGUUGAGGCUUUGUCUUACAUGCAUGCCAAUGGCGUAGUGCAUCUGGAUGUCAAGGCGGAGAAUAUUUUGGUGACGUGGGGUGAUGCACAUGCCGAUGACUGCGGAGCCCACAUCAACACCCCUCCGCUGCGGUUUCCAGUAACGAAGUUGGGAGACUUUGGCUGCGCGCGCCUCCUUCGCACUGGAUCGCCGUCUAAGCCUGCUGGCAGCAACGGUAGCAAGGCCAAUAAAAAUAAACGGGGUUGGACGCAAAGUUCUGGUAAAAUGUUUUCUGGCACUCCCGGGUUUAUGGCACCGGAAGUGAUUUUACAGUCCCACACCAUGUUGGACAGCUGCGGCACGGCGGCUGACGUGUGGUCACUUGGCUGCACUAUCCUGCAACUCCUACGUGGUGCGCCUCCCACACAAACCGACUCCAACCCUGUCGCCGCCCUCUUUGAGACUGCAAUGCAUCCAAAGAAAAUUUGGCGGUUUAUUCCCCCCAUUGGGCGGGAAUCCGAGAUUUGUGGUGCGACGACGUCCAGCUCUUCGAAAAACUUCCGUGAGGAUGUUGUCGUUUCUGCGACGCUGCGGGAUUUGCUUCUGCAUUGCCUGCAACCGGACCCUCGCAAACGCGCCACCGCGGCGCAGCUGUUGCAGCACCCCUUCUUUAAGCAUCCCUGUAGCCCUGCAGAUGCCGCGGAGGGCAUUGUUGAUCCUAACGUUUUUUACGGCCACGAAGUCCGCGGUGGACUGAAGAGUGAGUGCUUGUCGUCUGGAAUGAUGGGAAGCGCAACCAGCAUGCCUUUUGACGGUCUUUCAAACAGCGAUAUGAGCAACGAGGAUGCCGACGCCGACGCGAUGUUGGAUAACUAA